CGGAGAAAGAAUGGAGUCCGGACUGGUCCCUCACCCUUUUAAAAUCCGUUGGGUGUUGGACUGUUGGGAGUUGGAGGUUGCGACUUGCAACAACACAACACAAAUGCAAUUCAAAAACACACAAAACAACCCAAGAAGAUAGAAAAGAAAGACACGUUUUUCAAUUUUCAGUUUAUAGAUGAGAUCCAAUCCAAGUAGUUGAGCUACUCACCUAUACCUCUUUAAUUCUAUGAUUUUUUUAAAAGCCUCUUCAAUUCUUGUUUUUUAGGGGUUAAGUACUAAAUACUAAAUAAACAAACUUCUUCAAUUCCCUUCUCUUCUCUCUCUUUCUAACACUACCAAUAAUAAAUACCACUUCUUCAAUUUCCUUAAAUUUUCAGACUUCAAACAACCCAUCUCUCUCUUCUCUCUAUCUCUCUAAUGGCGGGUUUUUUAUCUCUCCUCCGGCGCAUUUACCUCUCUGUCUACAAUUGGACCGUCUUCGUUGGAUGGUUUCAAGUAUUGUACCUUGCUGUGAAGACAGUGAGAGAGUCAGGGCAUCAACACGUCUACUCUGCCGUUGAAAGACCCCUUCAGCUUGCUCAAACCGCCGCCAUCUUGGAGAUUUUUCAUAGUCUAGUAGGUCUGGUGAGAUCUCCAGUAUCAGCAACAUUGCCACAGAUAGCUUCAAGGUUGUAUUUGACUUGGUUCAUCUUGUGGAGUUUCCCUCAGACUCAGACUCACAUACUUGUGACCUCCCUAGUCAUCAGCUGGUCCAUCACGGAGAUUAUUCGGUAUUCUUUCUUUGGGCUGAAGGAGGCGCUUGGUUUUGCACCUUCAUGGCUCUUGUGGCUCAGGUAUAGCACCUUUUUGUUGUUGUAUCCAACUGGCAUCACUAGUGAAGUCGGUCUUAUAUAUGUUGCCCUGCCAUUCAUCAAGGAAUCUGAAAAGUAUUGUAUAAGGAUGCCAAACAAAUGGAACUUCUCUUUUGAUUUCUUCUAUGCUGCAAUUCUUGUACUCGGAAUCUAUGUACCAGGCAGUCCUCACUUGUAUGGGUAUAUGCUUGGACAAAGGAAGAAAGCUCUCUCAAAGUCCAAGAAGGAGUAGAAUGGCAGAAAGUUCUUUUAAUGUCCUUGUGGGUGUGAAAUGGAAUUCUAUUUAUAAAAAUGCUGUUUUUAGCUAGAAUAAUUUUUGGUUUAGUGCUCUCAAAUUAAAGAAAAGAAGAAAAUUUCCUUGUGUUGAUUCAGAAUCUGUUAUCAAAUUGAUGAUUUUCUAAAUUGGGUUCCAUGAGUACCGCAAAUCUCAACAUGAAUUUGUCUUUGCCUAA